AUUGGAAAGAAGGCUCCUUUCAUUGAUGGUGAGUGAUAAUAAUGAUCCUUACAUUGGUUGUCAGUCAGAAGAAUGCUCUUUACAUUGGUUGUCAGUCAGAAGAAUGCUCCUUACAUUGGUCAUCGGUGGGAAGAAUGCUCCUUACAUUUGGUAGUCAGCAGGAAGAAUGUCCCUUACAUUGGUGGUUUUUGGGAAGAAUGUAUCUUACAUGGGUGAUAAGCGGGAGGAAUGCUCCUUACAUUGGUGAUCAGUGAGAAGAAGAAUGCUCCUUACAUUGAUGGUCAGUGGAAGAAUGCUCCUUACAUUGAUGGUCAGUGGGAAGAAUGCUCCUUACAUUGAUGGUCAGUGGGAAAGAAUGCUCCUUACAUUGGUGAUCAGCAAGAAGAAUGUUCCUUACAUUGGUGAUCAGCAAGAAGAAUGUUCCUUACAUUGGU